AUGCCAGUACAAACGAGUCCACUGUCCUUCUCGGAUUCACUUCCAUCUUUCAUGUCCGUGUUUGGUGGUCCGCUUCCCCGAUACAAAGAGGAAGAUCCUAUUCAUCCUCUGCAAUAUCCACAAGUCCCUGUCGACACACACAUUUUACCUUCUCCACACCGUGAGAGCGUGUCAUCAAUGCACUCGGCCUCAACGGAGUCCUCCCCGACUACCACAAUCUCGCCUUUUGAUUCACCCGGUGGGGGUGAUAUCUCUCCGAGCUCCUCCCCGGAAUCACCCUCAGCCAUGUCCGUCUCAUACCCAAAGUUCACAUCGCGCCCAGUGGAGUUUACGCACCCUGCACCCGACUUGCGCCAUACGCGUCCAGACUUGCCAAAUAACCGGGCGCGUAACCUCAAGAAUUUGUCUCUGCGAAUGCCACCGCCCUCGGGGGUCCCUCGUCAAACCAUAUCUACUGCUUCAAUUGUGGAAACAACCCCAAAACACCAUCAUUUUGAUCCUCCCUUAUCCGCGGCCAUUCCGCCGUCAAAGGGUUUAAAACGCCGCCCCGCCGCCAAUCUAACAAUCCAAACCCCCACCUUCAAAACAUCGUUCAAGGGUGACGUGCCUUCAACUCCUUCUCUGCGCCAUGCGGAAUCCUCGCCCUCUCUUGCUGGUCCCUCUCUUGCGGGUCUCAAAUCGCCUUCGUUCGCCCCAAAGGGAGGUAUGCAGCUUCCGCGACCAAUGUCCCACCACGACAUGCGCCGUCUCUCUACCGACGCCUCCACUACCAUAUCGACACACGCUGAUGGAUCCGGCUUCUCUCAUCGCGUACUCGACGGUUUAGAAGAAGAGGAUGAUCACUUGGAUUCGCGGGAGUCGACUAGGAAGAAGGACCGCGGCUACCCCGAUGGCCCAAUUCGAAUCCACGAUGCUGGAGUUUAUCUUUAUCUGGAACCCACAGCCGAGGAAGCAGCCAAUUUUGAUGUAGUGAUCAACGUUGCCAAGGAGGUGGCGAACCCUUUCAGUGUUAUCAAGGAGGAAAAAAAUGAUACGGUGAUGAGCACAUGGCGGAACACCUCCAUGACUUCGAAACGCUUCUCCCGCGACGAUCCCCAAACUGCGAUUUCGGAAAUAUCAUUCAAGUCUGCCUGGGAGUUUCAGCCCUCGGAUUCUGAAUCGGGAACUCCCACGGUUCCCAGCCCUGUUAUUUCCAGCCCUCAAACCUCCACACCCGAGUACCUCCACGUUGAAUGGGACCACAACUCCGAGAUCCUCGAAGAUCUCUUGCCACUGUGUGAGCUUAUCGAUGACCGCAUUGCCGAAGGAAAGAAGGUCCUCGUGCAUUGUCAGCUCGGCGCCAGCCGCUCAGCAUCCCUAGUGAUUGCCUACGGAUUGUACAAAAACCGACACCUUGAUUUCAACUCGAUGUACGAAGCCGUCAAGGGACGCAGCAAAUGGGUUGGUCCGAACAUGAGCCUCAUCUACCAGCUUACAGACUUUCGCUCAAAACUGCUACGGGGAUCCACUUCCAAGCCCCCUCCCCAGGAAUGGUUCGUGCAAACCGGCCGCCGCUGCUCAGAGCCCCAAGUCGCCAGAGCCGAGCGUCCACCAACAACCGAAUCCAACAAGCGCGGCCUCUCUCAAGCACCCUCAAUGAGCUGUCUUUCCAUUCCAGAGCGCAGCACUUCCACGCGCCCAACCACUAGCCACAGCAGCACCGAGUUCAAAUCCUAUUCUCCGAAGCGAAGCCUCUCCCCGCGUCCCCUUCCCUUCAGACAGAAAUUCCAAUCCAUCGAACCAGCCUCAGCUCGUCCCCGCCGCUUCCCCCGCAGCGUAAGCAGCUGCGACCCCCUCGUACAAACGCAUGUUUUCGUCCGGGACGCCCCAGACGCCACGGGUCUCCUAUCCCCGCGCACAAAUGAAUUCCUCUCGCCCACCCGUCUGGCCCCGCCAAUCUUCCACAAAAUCGACCGCUCACCAGCUCUAUCGCCUCAAACGCGGUUCAGCGCCGAGCCCGUCGACCCACGCUCGCCUCCUUCUGGCGGUGACGCGCUGAUCAUGAGAUCCAUCGAUGAAUUCCUGUGA